UACCACCAUCACCCCCAAGCUACAGCAGGAGUCAAGAUCAAGCUCCUGACGUCACGCAGUUUCCCGCGUGACGUCACACCCCCUCGGCUUGUAUACACAGUGACCCGCGUCCCAUUUGUAAACCGUGUAGUGCCUCCUGCAGCUUGCCAAGAUGCUGCGCAGGGGCGGGAAGCGCAUCCGUAUGGAUGAGCCUCCCCCAGAGUACGAUGCGCCUCCCAUGACCCCAAUGACUCCUGCCUCAGAACUACAGGAGCCGUACACCCCAUACACUCCUUACACCCCAGCCGCUGAGACUCCCCUGCACCACCCAGACUAUCAGCUUGGAUAUGGUGGGGCACCCUAUGAACAGCCGCCCCCACAGCCACAGCAGGCACCUCAGCAGCACCAGCUCUAUGCCCACCAGGAAUAUGAACAGCAGCAGCACCACCAACAGCAGCAACAGCAACAAGUGUAUCAACAACAGCAACAGCCACAGCAACCAGCAUAUCAGCAGCACUAUGAACAGCAACCACCACACCCAGCACAACAUCAACAACAACAACAGCAGCAACAGCAGCAACAACAACAACAACAACAACAACAGCAGCAGCAGCAGCAGCAACAGCAACAACAACAACAACAACAACAACAACAACAACAGCAGCAACAGCAACAACAACAGCAGCAACAACAACAGCAACAACAACAACAACAGCAGCAACCACAGCAGCAGCAGCCAUACCACCAACCUCAGGCUCCUCAGGCACCAGUGGAACCAGAGCCAGAGAUGGAGGUGGACAGGGAGCCAGAGGAACCUGAGGAGGAGAUGGAACAGGAUGGUGAUUCAGAUGGGGAGGCACAGGAGGAGGAGGAGGAGGAGCCACAGCCGCCACAGAACUAUGAACCAAUACCUCGCCUCACCAUCUCCAUCCGGGGCCGGGGCAGAGGACGGGGAAGAGGCAGGAUAGCCACCAUAAAGAAGAUUGGUGACCAAAUUGUGUCAGAGCCUCGCAAGAGAGGUCGGCCCGGACGCAAGCCAAUUACUGAGCUCAUGGCUGAGGAUGAGAACUCCCUCUACUUUAUUGUCAGGAAUGGCCGGGCAAUGUUGGCACAAGUGGUGGAUGACUGGAUUGACUCGUACAAGGAGAACAGAGAUGCCUCCCUGCUCCAGCUGAUGCAGUUUUUCAUUAAUGCUGCUGGGUGUAAGGGUAAGAUCACCUCCCACAUGCAGGCCACCAUGGAGCAUGCUGAGAUCAUUCGUCGCAUGACUGAAGAGUUUGAGGAGGAGAGUGGUGAGUAUCCCCUCAUCCAGAGUGGGCAGCACUGGAAGAAGUUUAGGACCAACUUCAGUGAGUUUGUGCAGCUGUUAGUGAAGCAGUGCCAAUACUCCAUCAUCUAUGACCAGUACCUUAUGGACAAUGUGAUUUCACUUCUCACUGGUCUGUCUGAUUCUCAAGUUCGAGCCUUCAGACACACUGCCACUCUUGCAGCCAUGAAGCUGAUGACAGCACUGGUGGAUGUGGCACUCACUGUCUCUGUUAACCUGGACAAUACACAGCGGCAGUAUGAAAGUGAAAGGCAGAAGUCAAGGGAGAAGCGAGCCUCAGACCGCCUGGAAUCCCUCAUGUCCAAACGGCAGGAGCUGGAGGAGAACAUGGAUGAAAUCAAGAACAUGCUAACCUAUAUGUUCAAGUCUGUGUUUGUCCACAGAUACAGGGACACACUUCCUGAGAUCCGUUCAAUCUGCAUGGCAGAGAUUGGAUUGUGGAUGAAAAAGUUCCACCAGAACUUCUUGGAUGACUCGUACCUGAAAUACAUUGGCUGGACGCUGCAUGACAAAGUGGGGGAUGUGCGGCUCAAGUGUCUCCAGGCAUUGCAGCCACUUUAUGCCAGUGAGGAGCUGCAGGGCAAGCUGGAGCUCUUCACCAGCAAGUUCAAGGAUCGUAUUGUGGCCAUGACUCUGGAUAAGGAAUACGAUGUGGCAGUGCAGGCUGUGCGGCUUGUCAUCUCCAUCCUGAAGCACCAUCGUGAUAUACUCACAGACAAGGACUGUGAACACGUGUAUGAGUUGGUGUAUUCAUCCCACCGUGCUGUGGCUCAGGCUGCCGGGGACUUCCUUAAUGAGCGACUCUUCAUCCCUGAUGAUGAUGCCGUGGCUGCCCUCAGGACCAAGCGAGGCAAAAAGAGGCGGCCCAACACACCCCUCAUCAGGGACUUGGUUCAGUUCUUCAUUGAGUCUGAGCUGCAUGAACACGGGGCAUACUUGGUGGACUCUCUGAUUGAGAGCAAUGACAUGAUGAAGGACUGGGAGUGCAUGACUGAUCUGCUGUUGGAGGAGCCAGGGCCCAUGGAGGAGCCCCUUGAUGAUCGGCAGGAGACCAGCCUCAUUGAGAUCAUGGUGUGCUCCAUCAAGCAGGCUGCCACCGGGGAGCCACCUGUUGGUCGAGGCCCCACCAGAAAGCCUGUGUUGUCAGCAAAGGAGGCAAAGCAGGUGAAUGAUGACCGAGCCAAACUUACCAAGCACCUCAUCCCCACCCUGCCUCAGCUACUUCACAAGUACCUGGUGGAUGCUGAGAAGGUGGCCAACCUCCUCAUUAUCCCUCAGUACUUUGACCUAGAGAUCUACACCACCAGCCGACAGGAAAAGAAUCUGGACCUCUUGCUCAAGCUGAUACAGGAGGUGCCAGACAAACACAGUGACACAGAGGUGCUGGAGACAGCUGCCAAGACACUGGAGCUGCUGUGUAAGGAAGAGUAUGCCAUCUAUUCUCGCUGUGACAUUGCCCGAUCGUCUCUGCUGGACAUGAUUGUCAACAAGUACAAAGAAGCCAAUGAUGAGUAUAUCAACUUGCUGGAUGGGGAGCUGGAGCCAGAUGCUGAUGAGACCUUUGCCCUGGUAUCCUCAGUGAAGCGAGUCUCCAUUUUCUACUCUUGCCAUAACAUGGGACCUUGCAACAUCUGGGACUCCCUCUUUUCCAACAUCAAACAUGCUGUUGACGGCAGCAAGAUCCUGCCAGAGAAGGCCACCAAGUACUGCAUAUCAUCCUGCUUCUAUGGACUGAUGUGGGAGCUGCACCAGAUAGAAGACAUGGACAAGAAGCGAGCCAUGACCCAGGAUGCAGUGGAGGCUCUGCGCACUCGCCUCCAGCUCUUCUUUGAGGCUUGCAAACACCUUUUGGCCAACUCCAACAUCCCAGUUUUCAGGGAAGAGGCAUACGUCACAAUGUGCGACUUGCUUAUCAUCUUCAGCCGCCAACUCUCCUCCAACCCAGCAGUGGCAAGUCUGAAGUAUGAGCCAGACCGUGGCCUGCAACACCUACUCAACAACUUCAUUCAGACCUAUGUGUUCAUUGAUGAUGAAGGAGAGGAGCAAGAUGAGCAUGUCAAGAUUGAGGAGCUGCACAAACGGAGAAAUUUCCUGGCCACGUUCUGUAAGCUGAUUGUGUACAACGUCUUGCCCACCAUGGUUGCUGCUGAUGUGUUCAAGCACUAUGUUAGGUACUAUGAUGAUUAUGGGGACAUCAUCAAGGCCACUCUGGGCAAGGCACGUGAGAUUAACAAGGUGAACUCAGCCCGCACCAUGGCCAUGGCCCUCACCAUGAUCUUCCGGGAGCUGCAUAAGGACAAUGGCCGCAUCAACAGGCAGAGUGCAGACUUCAUCAGCUUGAAGGAAUUAGCAAAGAGGUUUGCUUUGUCCUUUGGGCUUGAUGCUGUCAAGAACAGGGAGGCCAUCACUGCCCUGCACCGGGAGGGCAUCCUCUUUGCUGUGAACCCACCGGAGAACCAGGGAGAUCCCACUGAACCACCACCCAACCUGGCAUUCCUGGAGAUAUUGACUGAGUUCACCAAUAAACUGCUUAAACAAGACAAGAGAGUUGUCCUGGCUUAUCUGGACCGUCGCAUUGCUGCUGGGAUGCCGAGCUCCCGUGGUGAGGACUGGCAGCCACUCCUCAUGUACCGCAACUCUCUGGUACACGGCGAGGGAGACCAGCCACCCCAGACCUCCAAGCGAGCCUACACCAGAAAACGCAAGCAUGUGGAUGAUGAUGAUGAUGAUGAUGAUGAUGACGACGUGCCAUUCCAUAGGUACCAUGAUGGUGGUUGGGACAGAAGAAGAGGACGAAAGAUGAAGCAGAAUACAAGACAACAACGGAAGCAUCAGCCCUACCCUACUAGGGGGCAGCUGAGGUUAAGUUGCAGAGGUGAGGUCUUGAGUCUGUGCUCAGAGAAGUCAGUUACCCCUUCUGAAACAGAUCUUAGCUGUGCAGAUGAGGACGACUCCCUCCACCUUUCCCAAAUCAUAGAGACUCCCCAAGAGCUUGAGGAUCAGGCUAUGAUGCACUCCACACCUGUGAUAAAUCACAGAGGACUCCAACCUGUAAUUCCCAUGAAGCAGGACAAGGAGUGAAGGGUGUUGGUCUGCCAGACAGUGGCAGUGGACUGGUUCAGGCUGUCCGAACCAAGAUGGGAUUCAUUUAUGACUUGCUUUGAGUGUUGAACACGUUAUCAAUAUUUUUCUUUAUAUAUCAUAUUGAUCAUACUAAGUGACAUUUACAUAAAUUUGUAGACUUUAACAGAUGAUGAGCAUGAUAUCUGUAAAGGAAUUAGAUGCUUUAUAAAAGAUAUGUGGCAAAACAUUUUUAAAUGAAGUUUACAUAUGAAUUUUUGAUGAAUAGAUUUAAAGUUUAAGUGAAGGAGCCUUACGAACUAAGAGUGGUUCGAAUGUAUCCCUCUUUGACAUGGCCCUGAAUAUACCAGUGCAGUUUACUCAAAAUGGGCACCAACAGUCUAAAUUUAGUAAUCACUGAGGGAGGGAGGGAAUCUUCUCUACAUCUAGUUUUUGUUCCCACCUGUCUGCUUUGCACCAUAUCUUUGGUGCUUUUUUUGUUUUGAUUUAUCAUGGGCUUUUUUUAUUUUGAUUUAUCAUGGGCAAGACUCUUGUCACCUAACAUCACCUCAUAUGGUCUCCCUAGGCUGGGGCAUUCAGUGAGAAAAAUUAUUAGAGCAAUUGAGGCUGGUGAGGAAAUUACUAACAAAAUGGGAAACAGUUAUAACACUACCACCUCCUCCAACAGUCAAGAUGUGACACAGGUAAGGAACAUCCCCCAUUUCCUCAGUUAUAACUCACUUGUUUCAGUGCCUGAAGUGAGCAAACUUCUCAGCCUGUAAUUUGUCCUUUGUAGGGUGGGGGUACAUUGUUUGCUGAUCUCAUUUGGCAGACUGCACCAUAAAUGCAUGUCCACAAAGAUAUGGAAUUAAAUUUGAAUUCAGAUAUUAUACAGUUUAACCAUUCCAGUUUUGCCUUUCUACUCAUGCUGUAGCUGGGUUCAAGAAUAUUGCCAAGAUAUUCUGUGUGCAUUGUAAAAGAUCACUGAUAAGAACUGAACAAGGACUGUUUCCUCUUCAUAUUUAUUUAUAUGCAAUUAAAAAUUUUGAUCUCUAAAA